AUGAACACUUUCAAUAAAAGAAAAGCAAUGAAUGAAUUAAAUCAAAGUCGGGGAAAAUUUUUUUUGGAGCUAACAAAUCUCAAUUUAAGUAAAAUCAACUCAGAAAAAGAAGAGAUUUAUAAAAGAGAAUUUGAAGGAGGUUCCAAAAAGUAUAAAUUUAAGCCUAUUUCAAGGAUUACCAAAGAAGAGCUUUUUGAAUAUUGGUCUAUUACCUUAAUGUUAGAUUUGGGUGUUUUUAAAACAAUUAUGCAAAUUAUAAACCAUAGUAAUACAAAAAUGAAAAGAAACAGAUUUUUUUUGGUUCAAUCAACAACCAAAUUUACAGAUGACCAAAUUAAAAGAAUUGCAGGUGAAAUGAGUGAUAUUAGUUAUGAUUUGAUAGAAGGAAUUAAAGUUUGCACCCUUGACGAAACUAUAUAUAAAUAUAUCCUAAAUUCAGAUUCAAAAGAGAAAUAUAUUCAAGAUAAUAAUAAAUCUCCAAUUAUGUGUAUACCUCGUAAACCUCAUGCAAAUGGUCUUUUAAGUUAUAUGGUUGGUACCUUUUUAGAACGUAUUCAUCAUUUGUCAUCCCCUGAAAAAAGCCCAGAAUCAUCACCAAAAAGAGGUUCUUUUAAAGAAUUCAAAUAUCCAUAUAUUAUAGAGUUUUUAAACAAGUUAGAUAAUGAAAUAAAUCCCUCAAGUAGUGUUGAUCACGUAUUAGGAACGUUGGCAACAAUUUCAGAUUCCUCAAGUAGCAACAUUAACACAUUGCUCAAAGAUACAUUAAAAGAUGAUAAAAAUUGGAUUGCAAUUGAAUUUGAUGGUUAUUAUAAAGUCUGUAAAAUUGAUGAAAGAGACGAAAAAGUUCCUACAUUUAAAUCAAUUGCAACAACUGAUUUUAAAACUCAAAAUCGUGAAGUUAAUCCAAGUAAAGGUUAUAAUAUUAGUGAUGCAGUGGAUCUUUAUAAAUUAAAUGAUUCAACUUUAAAGAAAUUAUGUUUAGGUUUAGGUGUUUCAAGAUCAAGUAGUAAUAGGAGAAUGGUUAUAUCAAUUUGUGGUAUAGAUCCAUUAUCUCAUUCAACCAACCCCAAUCGUACUCAUUAUUAUCAGAAGCAAUUCAAAAAGAUACUUUAA